AAGAAGAGGAGGGAGAGUGAGAGGAACGAGAGGGGUCUUGCAUAGAUAAAGUUGCUGGGGGAGUAUGGAGUUCAGGGAGAGGACAGAACACUAUGCAGAGGAGCCAAAGAGAGGAGCAGAACCAGAAUAUGCCAGAGAGAGUGUGUUGGUUCCAGGGGCAGAGUUACCACAAGCUGAAGCGGGCAUGUCUGCAGCGGGGCAAGCUCUUCAAGGAUCCCCUCUUUCCCCCAUCCGCACUGUCACUCUUCUACAAACGAGCCCCGCCCCCUGGACUCACAUGGAAAAGACCACGGGAACUGUGUAAGGACCCUCGUCUCUUUGUGGACAGGAUCAGCACAUGGGACCAGCACCAAGGCAGCUUAGGUAACUGCUGGAUGGUGGCAGCCACUUCCUGUCUGGCCUCGGAGCCAUCGCUGUGGAAGAAGGUGAUUCCUGCUCACGUGGAACAGGAGUGGAAGCCCAAGCGUCCGGACCUGUACGCCGGAAUCUUCCACUUCCGCUUCUGGCGGCUUGGCCGCUGGACAGACGUGGUGGUGGACGACCUCCUUCCGGUCAGCGAGGACGGAACGCUGCUCUUCUGCCGCUCAGCCACGCCACGGGAGUUCUGGAGCAGCCUGCUGGAGAAGGCCUACGCCAAGUUGAAUGGCUGCUAUGAGGCAUUAGAAGGCGGUAACACGGCGGAGGCCCUCAUAGACUUCACAGGGGGGGUGUCGGAGCCCCUAUGCCUGGACAGGGAGGCCCUCACCCUGCACCCCGACCAGAGGAGGGCGCUGUUCCAGACCCUGGCCAAGGCCCACGGAUGCAAAGCCCUCAUCACCUGCUCUAUACGGCCAGCGGAGGGAGAGAGAGUAGAGUCGGUGCUAGACUGUGGUCUGGUGCGGGGCCAUGCCUACGGUAUCACCGCGGUGAGGAAGGUGCGUCUGGGGAAGCGGUCACUGCUGACUGGCCGUUGUAGCGGGACGUCCCGUCUCGGCAUGGUGCGCAUGAGGAACCCCUGGGGUACAGCCGACUUUACCGGGCCCUGGAGUCAGGGGUCUCAGCAGUGGAAGCAGGUUGGUCGAGGUGAGAGGGAGAAGAUGGGCCUCAUUGUCAGAGAUGUGGGAGAGUUCUGGAUGGAGUUUGAGGACUUCUGCCGCUACUUCACAGAUGUGGUGGUGUGUCGUCUGGUAGAACGAGCCCUGCUGUGGCCCAACACCCACUGGAGAGAGGUUCGCUGCCAUGGGGAGUGGGUCCCAGCCCCCAACACUACCGGGGCAACCCCCGCCACCCUCCUCCCCGGCCGCCAGGCAUCCAACCUCUGGAAAAACACAGCCAAGCCUGGGGAGGUGAACCAGACUCCGCGAGGGGACCGGAAGGAGGCAAGAUUGGGGAAGAGACGGAGAGGUGGAGGAGGAGAAGGAGGAGGCGGUGGACGGAGAGAGAAGGUGGCUGUAGCGAAGAAGGGGGGGGAGAAGAAGACAAAGAGGAAGGAGGAGAGUGUGAAGAAGGAGGGAGAGGUGGAUGGACGGUGGGAUAAACACAUGGAUAAGAGGAGUAGGUGUGGAGGAUGCAUCAACCACAAAGACACCUUUCUACACAACCCCCAGUUCAUGUUUGAGGUGCAGGGAAAGGAGGAUGAGGUGUUGAUCUGUCUGCAGCAGGAGGACAGGAGGAUAAAGAGGAAGGAUGGAGGAGGAGCGAAUCUGCCCAUCGGCUUUGAGGUGCUGAGGGUGGAGGUGAACCGUCUAAGCCGUGUGCAGCGUGUGGUGGAGCAGGCUGCAAGCUCUGUGUACAUAGACUCCCGUAGCGUUGCCCUGCGAGUGACUCUGGUCCCCGGCCGCUACGCCCUCCUCCCCACCACCUUUCAACCUAGGGCCACCGGACGCUUUCUGCUACGCCUCUUCUCACAUUCACACCUCAGACUCAGUGAGUUGAGACAGGAGUUGCCUGCUCUGUCAGUGUGGCAGUGUUGUCUCCCCCAGUCCAGUGUCGUGACCACCGUCCACCUGCGCCGAGCUUGCGGACUCAGCCAGCCCAAACAGACAGCACCAGAUGUGUAUGCUGUGAUCUGUUGUGAAGACGACACCAUAAGAACACGAGUGUUCAAGGAGGAUGGAAAUCCAGAGUUCAAUAUGAGGGCCAUUUUCUACAGGAGAUACCCAGAUGCACACAUCAGCAUUAAGUUGUGGAGCCGUGGUCUACUUUGGGACACUCUAUUAGGAGGGGCUCGACUCCAGACCGGCGACAGCGAGAGAGAGCGGAGCCAGGGGAUUGACCUGCAGGGCGGCCAAUCACAUUCAGGAUACCAGGGAUGCAUCUAUGUGGAAACCUCAUCCAGCAAAUGCCUGACAGACUUGUGACAGACAGCUGUGGCUUGUCCCACCCACUAUACAACCAUGGAAAUCACUGCUUUUCUGGAUGAAGCAGCGGAUUUGAAUGAGGAUGGAUCCAAUUCAAUAGCUUUGAAGGAAAAUAGACAUUUGUCUUCGGCUUCCAUGAAUUACAAAGACAAAUACCUCUUUGAAUGAAAUGUUAUGAGAACUCGGAACUACUGCGUUAAGGAACAGAAAAGCACAGUGAUCUGUUUGUUGUUCACUACUAGUGCAGAGGAGAUCAUAAAAUCAUAAAAAUAUCCCCUAACUUUACAUCUCUGCUGGCCAGACCAUGUAGGAGUACAACAUUAUCAAAAAAAAAAACAUUUAAACUGUAAAAAUACAUUGAUUACCAGCUGCCAAGGUUAUCUAAGGAAUAUACAUAAUAUAUGUAGGUCUACUCUUUUUUUAAAGGUGCAUAAUUUUAGGAAAAACAUUUUGAUAAAUUAAAAUGUCAUUUUUCACUACAAACUGAUCAUUAUAUAGAUGUUUUAUUUCACCUUAAUAUGGUAUGCUGUAUUUUCAAAUAUUUAUUUGAAAAAGAUACAUAUUUCAACGUGGGAUUUUGUUUUUUGAAUUAAUGUGAACAAGAGUAUAAGUAUACCCUAACCUGUCUCUUCCAGCCGUAUUCACAAUCAACUAUCAGGUUUCAGGUAUGACCCAGAUGCAGACAGUGUCGGUGAAACAAACGUUUAUUUCUAGUCCAGGGGCAGGCAAACGACAGGUCAAUGGCAGGCAGAGGUCAGUAAUCCAGCGAGGGUACAAAAGGCCCAGAACGGCAGGAGGACUCAGGGUCAGGGCAGGCAGGGGUCAAUAAUUCAGUGAGGUGGGGCAAGGUAUAGAACGGCAGGCAGGGUCAGGGAAGGCAGGGGUCAAUAAUCCAGAGGGUACAAAAGGUCCAGAACGGCAGGAGGACUCAGGGUCAGAGCAGGCAGGGGUUAAUAAUUCAGUGAGGUGGGGCAAGGUAUAGAACGGCAGAAAGGCUCGGGGUCAGAGCAGGCAGAACGGUCAAAACUGGGAAGGGACAUUGCUAAAGUGGGUGUGGACAAAAAUAUUAAUUGUAAAAAAAAUAUUGAAUUGAAUGCUAAAAAAAGAAUAUUGUACACAGUAUUAUCAAAGACUUUUAUAACUAACCAAGAUAGACUGGAGACUGUCUUUUCAAAUGGGAGCAAACUGGGCUUCCUCUCAUCACCAUAUUUGGUAUUUGGUAGAGUGGAAACGCCAAUCGGAUGCUUCACAUUUAUACAUCUGGUGAAAUAUCUGUCUCAUGUUCUAUCUGUGGUAUGAUCAACUUAAUUACUCCAAAUGCAAAGCACUUUGAGGCCAAGUGUUGAUUAGAAGGAGUACAAAAGAGAGAAACAUAUUGUAUAGAACUUUUUUAAAAAAAAUUCUGUUGUGAGUAGAGAAUUGGGGCAGCUUUAUACAUUACAUUUCUAUAGGCCGUUGAUGACAAAACCUGGGUUGAAAUCUUUCCAAUACUUUGAGCCUGGAGUGCAAGGAAUGAGGGAUUUGCACUUUUGAGACUUUUCUAAUGGUUCCAUUUCAACAGGCAACCUAAAUCAAUUACAGAUACAAUGAAUGAUUUCAAAUAGUAUUUGAACGCAGAUCUGUUGAUGACAAGGACCAUAAUAUAGCAUCCUAUGGAAUGUUUGUGUCAUGGCUCUCUUUCUCCCUCUGACUUUCCUGAAUACCAGUGGUGAUUUUAGCAUGUCAAUCUUGGUGAAGCAAACUCCCAAAAUGUUUCGUUGUUGAUGCAUGCCAACAAAGCCACUACACAACACUACACUAAACAAUGCAUUCAUUGCACUAUAACGGUGACAAACGAUGCCCACAAACUGUUAGGGCCUACAUGAAGCUGUCCCAACAGCAGAGCUUUCUUUUCAGCACCAUGGAGUGAAUCCUUACCAUCACUACACCUGGCUAUCAGCGGAGUC